UGGGUAUCUUGUGUUUCCUGAUAGACCCUGACAGUCGGUCAGCUGUUGCAGGAAAGUUUUGACAUAGUUUGAUAGCUUUCUGUACUAUCUAGUGUUUAUUAGAUGUUUUACCUCAUCUGAAGCAAAUUCCCAGCGUGUGCUUUUCGUCGGUGUACUUCAUCGACUUCCAUCCAGUAAAUCACUUCGGUUGAUAUCUUUAAUUUGUAAAAGUUCACCGGGGAAGUAACUUUUCGGAAUGAGUUUGAACGAGCACUCCUUGCAGGCUCUGUCAUGGAGAAAACUGUACUUGAGUCGAGCAAAGUUAAAAGCCACGAGUCGCACUUCUGCUCUUUUGUCCGGAUUCGCAAUGGUUGCCAUGGUGGAGGUACAGCUGGAGCGGGAUUAUAAGUACCCCCCCGGGCUGCUGAUAGCCUUCAGUGCCUGCACCACAGUCCUGGUUGCAGUCCACCUCUUCGCCCUCAUGGUCAGCACUUGCAUCCUCCCGAAUCUCGAGGCUGUCAGCAAUGUUCACAACCUCAACUCCGUCCACGAGUCUCCCCACGAGCGCAUGCAUCGCCACAUAGAGUUGGCCUGGGCUUUCUCCACAGUCAUCGGCACCCUCCUCUUCCUCACAGAGGUGAUGCUCUUGUGCUGGGUGAAGUUCUUACCCCUCAGAAGCGUCGACGAGAAGAACAGCACUAUAAGUUCAGGGCAGGCUGCAGCCAUCGCUUCCACCUGCAUCAUGGUGCCGUUUGGACUCGUUUUUAUCAUGUUCGCCGUCCACUUUUACCGCACUCUGGUCAGUCACAAAACGGACCGGCAGAUCAAAGAGCUGGAGCAGGUCAUCCAGCUCCAGACUCAGCUGGACCAUCGGGGUGAGAACGACGAGCUGAAGGCCACUAUCCACUAUCCUUGAUUAUAGCCGCUAAGCACGCUACAGCAGCAGACAUUCAACAAUGCCUUUUAUUGUGAAAUAAUCUUAUAAAAGCUUUAUUUGUUAUGUAUAACUGUGCACAAAUGCUUUUUUGUGUUCACAAACCAUUGAGCAUUUCAGGGUGAAGUAUCUUGCCCAAAGACGCUCUGACAUGUUGACAGCAGGGAAUGGGAUCAAACCUCUUGAACCUUGCAACUUUUCUUUCAAUAUUCAUGUAAAACAUAAAAAGCCUUUGUUGAAGCCUGGUAUAAAAUGAUAGUCCUGCUCCUUUCAAUGGUCUAUUUGAGCUGCCACGGUUUAAUCUGUGCUGCUGCGGGUAGACACACUGAGUGACUCACCACCACUGCUGCAUGCACCUGUGGCCUUUAUAUUGUCCCAUGGUGGGUUGCAUUGAUUUCACAUGUUCUCACAUUUGUCUGGCUUUAAAUUAGGCUUUGUAGAGAGCAUUACCAGACCUUUAUUUUCAAUGCAGACGUUCAAAAUCAAGGUUUGAGUUAUCUGACUGAAAUAUCAGUUUGAUUUGAAUCACUGUAUACAUGCUUUAAAACCGAAAUUAUGGAACAACUUGCAUGUUUUAAAACGUUUUUUUAUAUACAAACAUUCAUACUCAUUGAACUAAUUGGUUGUUUAAUGAGUAAGAAUGUAAUCAUAGCAUAAGAAUCGUGUGGGAACUUUACUACAUGUUUUAGUCUUGAACAAUGUACAUUGUGUACAUUUGCUAAACUAGCUUCGAAAAUCAGUUUGCAUUGGAGUCUUAAGAUUUGAGCAAAUAGCAGUUUAGAUCUUUUACAAAACAAAUAGUUACUGUAUAAAUCAACCCAACAGUAUGUGUGUGUAAUCUGAGCCAAAAUUCCACUUCUGAAUAAAGGGUGUUAUUGCAGUACACAUAUGUCUAUAGCACGGGUUCAGUGACAAUCCAAAACGGUUUAUUGAAUAAAACCAGCAUUCUUAAUUUGUACCCUUGUAGAAUAAAUGUAGGGGACAAAAUAUGAUGAGUUUUCUUGAUUUCCUGCUGCUUUUGCGAACAUACUGUUAUCCAUAAAUGGUAACUAGCUUUAAAAGUAUUGUUGAAUGUAUUGUUACAAAGCAUGCACAUAUUGGAACUGUUGUUUUAGAGUUUGUAUGUUUUUUACUUUUCAUAGUUUACAAGCUUGAGUGUGUUCGUUCGUUGUUUAGGUUACAGAUUGUGUGAAUUAGCGUGUGGUGUCUUUGUCCUGUGGCACAUUGUUGAAUAGUUUUACAUGGGUUUGACCAUUUUCUAUACUUUUCUUUAUUAUAUCUACUGUAACGCUGGUACAAAAACACAGUAAGUGCUUAAAUGAAGAAAUAUGCAAAUAUUUGUAGCUGCUGGACGACAAUUCAUUUUUUUCAUAAUACAAUAGUAUUAUGAACAAAAUUAAUUGUCGUCGUCCAGCAGCUAACUGUAAAAUACUGAUAUUAUACCAAGGUAACUCUGGUCAUUGUUGCAAUAUCCGAUUUAUCUAAACGUGGUUUGUGCUGAGUCAUGGUUAUGUUUCUGUAGAUCACUAGCGCCCAAUAUUUGCAUUGAAAUUGUUUCCACCUGAUAAUAAUAUCUUCGUGACACAAACCAGAGAGCUAGAAUCCAAAAGGGGUCAAUCACUAACACACACGUUUAGAAAAAUGGUCGUUACCUUUUUUAAAGAUCACUGUUGAUGUUUAUUUUCACACAAUGAAAUAUAUAAAGAAGGUUUUAUCCAGAUAACCUCACACUCUCUGGACACUUCUGAAAGGAAUUACCACAGAUCAAUGCAAAUGAAGGCAUUUUCUUCUGUGGGUCAUUUUGCUGGUUUAUUUAUUUAAUCCAUAUCAAUGUAUAUAGAGAGGUUCCACUGUUUGUGUCGAUGCACAGCUUUUAAAGGGAUUUUUCUUUCAGCAAAUACUGUAUUGUAAGUUUUGCAUAUAUCUGGUGUUUUAAACUUGAGUCAGAAGGACUUUGUUUUUGUUGCCGGUUCGAGAAUAAAACACAUCUGCGAUAA